CACGUUAUGUAAAUUUAGCAUUGGAUAGGUUAUCUUUAAAUGUAACAAUUGUUAUUCGUUUAGUAAUACAUGAUUGUAAUAUAAACUAAGUGAUCGUGCAUACAGUAAUCAAUUGUACAAAAUCAUUCCUCGAAUUCAGAUCAUAAUCUGAUGAAUUACUAAAAUUAUGGCGCCAAAAUACUUUAAUAUUUUUUAUUUUACUCUUCUAGCACAGAUGGUAAAUUCCCAGUACUUAAACAAAGGCAAUACGGCAACAAACAACGUUGGGAGGAUCGCAUUAAGUCCAAAUAUUAUCGCAUCAAACGCAUAUGCCAAUAAUGUAGCAAGCAAGAAUUUUGGGUCAAAUGCACUUACAAGUAACAAUAUAGCAAGAAAUAAUAUCGUUCUAAACGCAUUUGGAAAUAAUAAUCUAGUGAGAAAUAAUAUCGACUUAAACACAUUUGGAAUAGACAAUCUAGCAAGAAAUAACCUCGACUUAAACGCAUUUGGAAGUAAUAGUCUAGCGAGAAAUAACAUCGACUUAAACGCAUUUGGAAGUAACAACCUAGCAAAAAACAAUAUUAAUCAAAAUGGAUUUGGAAGCAACAAUCUAGCAAAAAGCAAUAAUUUAUUUGGAAGUACUAAUCUGGCAAAGAACAAUAUCGAUUUAAACAUAUUUGGAAUUAACAAUGUUGCUAGAAACAACAUCGAUCUAAAUGCAUUUGGUAAUACCAAUUUAGCAAAAAACAGUAUUGACCUAAACGCAUUUGGAAAUAGUAAUCUGGCAAGAACCAAUUACGCAUUUGAUAAUACGAACCUAAUGCAAAAUAACAUCGACCUUAACUUAAUUGGAAAUACUUUAGCAAGUAAUCAAUUUGGUAGACAAUUCCUCGCACCAGUGACUAAUAAUGUACCUUCAAAUAUUUUGGCGGGAAAUGCAUUAACCGGUGGAUUGACAGCUAAUGCUGGUGGAUUAGUUGAUGGUGCAAGUUAUAAAGGCAUACUUUCCGUAACCAGUACCUCACCUUCUGUUCCGACAGGGUUAUCAGUGUACUCAGAUAAUUUGAUCAUCGAAGGCCCAGUGACUGUCACGGGAACACUGCCGUUUUUGAGCACUGUGGCUUUGGAAGGCUCUGUGCCUACAAACGGUUACGGUAUUGCAAGUUGUGCUUGUGGAGAUGGUAAUGUGGGCAUUGCCAACGAAUUGACUGGUUCAGCUUUAGAUGCUUAUGUUCAAGCUUACAAUAAAUUAGAUCACAAUAACUUUGGAAUCAACAAUGUGUAUUCAGGCGUUAUGUAUUAAGAAGUAUUAUUUAUGUAACUACUGUAGUUUUAAUAAAUUAUUGUUUUUUA